CGCCGCUGCCGCUGCUGUUGCCGCUGCUCCAGACGCUGCGGGCUGGCGCGCGGGGCUGCAGCUGCGGGUCCCGGCUUGGGGCUGGCGGCCACUAGGACGCCGGCGCCGGGGGACACAGCAGCAUGAAGCAGAGGUUAAGGUGACAGUGUCAGCUGGAUCAGCAGCCAUCCCACUGCCCCCUCUGUGGGGGUGUGCCAAGAGUCGGGGAGCAUGGAGGAGAGGAAGCAAGAGACAACAAACCAAGCUCAUAUCCUCUUCGACAGAUUUGUCCAGGCCACUACUUGCAAGGGAACCCUCAGGGCCUUCCAAGAGCUCUGUGACCACCUGGAAUUGAAGCCUAAGGACUACCGCUCCUUCUACCACAAGCUCAAGUCUAAGCUCAACUACUGGAAGGCCAAAGCCCUCUGGGCCAAAUUGGACAAACGAGGCAGUCACAAAGACUACAAGAAGGGAAAAGCAUGCAUUAACACCAAGUGUCUCAUCAUUGGAGCUGGCCCCUGUGGUCUCCGCACAGCCAUCGACUUGUCCUUAUUGGGAGCCAAGGUGGUUGUUAUUGAGAAGCGAGACGCCUUCUCCCGCAACAAUGUCUUGCAUCUCUGGCCCUUCACCAUACAUGAUCUGCGAGGCCUUGGUGCCAAGAAGUUCUAUGGAAAGUUCUGUGCUGGAGCCAUCGACCAUAUCAGUAUCCGUCAGCUCCAACUAAUCCUCUUGAAAGUAGCCUUGAUCUUGGGCAUCGAAAUCCACGUCAAUGUGGAAUUCCAAGGACUCGUGCAACCUCCUGAGGACCAAGAGAACGAACGGAUAGGUUGGCGGGCCCUGGUGCACCCCAAAACUCAUCCUGUAUCAGAGUAUGAAUUUGAAGUAAUCAUCGGUGGGGAUGGUCGUAGGAACACUUUGGAAGGAUUUCGUCGGAAAGAAUUUCGUGGCAAGCUAGCCAUUGCGAUCACUGCAAAUUUUAUCAACCGCAACACAACUGCAGAGGCCAAAGUGGAAGAGAUCAGCGGUGUGGCUUUUAUAUUCAACCAAAAGUUUUUCCAGGAACUGAGAGAAGCCACAGGCAUUGAUUUGGAGAACAUCGUCUACUACAAAGAUGACACACACUACUUUGUGAUGACGGCCAAAAAGCAGAGUUUACUGGACAAAGGAGUGAUACUCCAUGACUACGCCGACACAGAGCUGUUGCUCUCCCGGGAGAACGUGGACCAGGAGGCCCUGCUCAACUACGCCCGGGAAGCUGCAGACUUCUCCACCCAGCAGCAGCUGCCUUCUCUGGAUUUUGCCAUCAAUCACUAUGGGCAGCCUGACGUGGCCAUGUUUGACUUCACUUGUAUGUACGCCUCUGAAAAUGCUGCCUUGGUACGUGAACAGAACGGACACCAGCUACUAGUAGCUCUGGUUGGGGACAGCCUCCUGGAGCCUUUCUGGCCAAUGGGAACAGGAAUUGCCCGAGGCUUUCUAGCUGCUAUGGACUCUGCCUGGAUGGUACGAAGCUGGUCACUGGGCACCAGCCCCUUGGAGGUCCUGGCAGAGAGGGAGAGCAUUUACAGGUUGCUGCCUCAAACCACCCCUGAGAAUGUGAGCAAAAACUUCAGCCAAUAUAGUAUCGACCCUGUUACUAGGUAUCCCAAUAUUAACAUCAACUUCCUCCGGCCAAGCCAGGUGCGCCAUUUGUAUGAUAGCGGAGAAACAAAAGACAUUCAUCUGGAAAUGGAGAACCUAGUGAAUUUCCGAACCACCCCCAAGUUGACCCGCAAUGAGUCUGUAGCUCGUUCAAGCAAACUCCUGGGGUGGUGCCAAAGGCAGACAGAUGGCUAUGCAGGAGUGAAUGUCACAGAUCUCACCAUGUCAUGGAAAAGUGGCCUGGCCCUGUGUGCAAUCAUCCACCGAUACCGCCCCGAUCUCAUAGACUUUGACUCUUUGGAUGAGCAAAAUGUGGAGAAGAAUAACCAGCUGGCCUUUGACAUAGCCGAGAAGGAACUGGGCAUCUCUCCCAUCAUGACAGGCAAGGAGAUGGCAUCGGUAGGGGAGCCUGACAAGCUGUCCAUGGUGAUGUACCUCACACAGUUCUACGAGAUGUUCAAAGACUCGCUCUCCUCCAGUGACACCUUGGACCUGAAUGCAGAGGAGAAAGCAGUCCUGAUAGCCAGCACCAAAUCCCCCAUCUCCUUCCUGAGCAAACUGGGACAGACCAUCUCUCGGAAGCGUUCUCCCAAGGAUAAGAAGGAAAAGGAUUUGGAUGGGGCUGGAAAGAGGCGCAAAACCAGUCAGUCAGAAGAGGAGGAUGCUCCCCGGAGCUACAGAGAAAGACCCACCCUGGUGAGCACUCUGACGGACAGGCGGAUGGAUGCCGCCAUUGGGAACCAGAACAAAGUAAAGUACAUGGCGACCCAGCUACUGGCCAAAUUUGAAGAGAAUGCCCCUGCACAGUCUACUGGUGUAAGGAGACAGCCUACACAAGAGCGUGGGGUCAGCCAGCCGUCCUGCUGCCUGCCUGAGCAGGGUCGCCCUGCUCCCACCCCCCAGUGGAAACAGCGACAGGAAAAGGAGCGUUGUCGGACCUGCCCCAAAAAAGUGAUCACUCUUUCUCCUCCCCCUACUCCACCUCCCUGCCGGGCGUGCAGUGGCCAGCAGACGUACAGGGAUCUUCAUGCUGACAGCCGUGGCAAGCAGAAUCCCCGCCAUGAGAGGCCAGAGCCUGAACCUUCACGUCGAUUUUUUGUUGACCAGUGGGAGCUCUCCCUUAGUCUCCGCUCCUCCACCCGCCCUGCUUCUCCCUCCUCUGACUCCCUCCGACAGAAGUAUAUAAAGAUGUACACGGGCGGAGUGAGCUCAUUGGCUGAGCAGAUAGCCAAUCAGCUUCAAAGGAAAGAGCAACCCAAAACCCUUCUAGACAAGAAGGAACUGGGCUCCAUAAAGAAAGAGUUCCCACAGAACUUGGGGGGCAGCGACACAUGCUAUUUCUGCCAGAAGCGGGUCUACGUGAUGGAGCGGCUGAGUGCGGAGGGCAAGUUCUUCCAUCGGAGCUGUUUCAAGUGCGAAUACUGCGCCACCACCCUGCGCCUCUCGGCCUACGCCUACGACAUCGAGGACGGUAAAUUCUACUGUAAGCCGCACUAUUGUUACCGACUGUCUGGCUACGCGCAAAGGAAGAGGCCGGCAGUGGCUCCUCUGUCUGGAAAGGAGGCCAAAGGACCCCUGCAGGAUGGCCCCACUGUGGACACAAAUGGACUGGCCAGUGCUGCCGCCAGCUCAGCAGAGAGAACUCCAGGUUCCAGCAUGAAUGGUCUAGAGGAACCCAGCAUCGCCAAGAGGCUGAGGGGCACCCCAGAGAGGAUCGAGCUGGAGAACUACCGUCGCUCUGUGAGGCUGGUUGAGGAGCUGGAGGAGGUGCCCGAGGAGACACAGGCAGAGCACAACCUGAGCAGCGUGUUAGACAAGGGCACCGAAGAGGAUGUGGCCAGCAGCAGUUCCGAGUCAGAGAUGGAGGAGGAGGAAGACGAGGAAGAUGAUGAUCAACAACCCACCUCUGACCUGGGCGGUGUUCCCUGGAAGGAGGCGGUGAGGAUCCACGCUCUUCUGAAGGGAAGAAGCGAAGAGCAGCUAGAAGCCUCCAAGAGCUUCGAGCCAGAAGAGGAGGAAGAAGAGGAGGAGUAUGAAGAAGAGGAGGAAGAAGAAUACGAUGAAGAAGAAGAAGAGUCCAGUGAAGAAGGGGAGUAUUGCCCUUGGGACAGAGAACUCCUCCAAGGCCAGUGGCUCCAGCAUCUCUCAAAGGAAGAAGAAAUGGGUACAUGUGAAGCUGGGAACAACAGGCUGCAGCAGAUCAUAAAUGCAGCGGAUCCUUUGGCAAUCCAGGCUGAUGUGCACUGGACACACAUCCGUGAAAGAGAGGCGGAGGAGGAGAGGAUGGUCCCAACCUCCGAGUCCUCCACUUCUAGAGCCCCUCUGGAUGAAAAUUAUCUGGAAGAGGAUGUGGACUCAGAGCCAGCAGAGACCGAAGGGGAAGCUGCAGAGGACGGAGACCCUGGGGACACUGGUGCUGAGCUAGAUGAUCAGCACUGGUCUGAUGACAUCCCUUCCGAUGCUGAAGCAGACCUUCGCUUACAGCACCAGGCCAAGGUGGAAGCAGAGCUGGAGCCGAGAGUGUCAGAAAAAGAGGAAGAGAAACCACCUAGCAUGCCAAAGCUACAGGAGAAAGGUCCUUCCCAAGUCUCCAGCCCUAUCCAGUCCCCUCAGAAACAAGCUAUUCUCUUCUCCCCAGCCCAGAGCCCUGUGGCAGAGGGGACCCGGGUCCCACUUGCCCCUGUUGCCACCAAGGUGAAAUCCCCCAAGGAGCACCAUUUCCCUGAACCUCUGCUUCCCAGAGAGAAACCCAAAGCUGAAGACCCCACAGAUCAGAAAGCUAUGCAAUCUCCAAUCCGAUCCCAGCCGGUCACCGUACCAGAAGCCAGGACGCCUACCUCACCAACCCACCUUCAGUCUCCGUUGGCCCCCUCCACACCUCCCUCCACCCAACUUCCCAUUUGUUCCCAACCUCAGCCUUCCUCAGAGGCUACUAUCCCAUCACCCACCGAGUCCCCCAUACGCUUCCAGCCAGUUCCAGCCAAAGCAUCCACUCCCCUAACCCCACUCCCUGUGAAGAGCCAGGCUGACCCCAAGGACAAACGAGGUGGCCCUCUGGCCAUGGAGGAGGCCCUGAAGCGCAGUGACCUGGUGGAGGAGUUCUGGAUGAAGAGCGCAGAGAUCCGCCGUAGCCUGGGCCUCACACCUGUGGAUCGGAACAAGGGAUCAGAGCCCAGCUUCCCCUCACCUGCCUUCAAGCCAGUUUCCCUGAAGUCCUAUUCAGCUGACAAGUCCCCUCAGGAUGAGGGUCUCUGUCUUCUGAAACCUCCACCUGUUCCUAAAAGACUGGGCCUGGCCAAAUCAGCCAGUGACCAGCCCCCACUGCUGACUCCAAAGUCACCCUCUGACAGGGAACUCAGGAGCAACCAGGAGGAGCGCAGGGACUUGUCCAGCAGCUCGGGCCUGGGCCUCCAUGGCAGCUCCUCCAACAUGAAGACCUUGGGCAGCCAGAGCUUCAACACCUCAGAUUCCACCAUGCUCACCCCACCUUCCAGCCCACCACCACCCCCACCACCCAAUGAGGAGCCCGCAACCCUGAGAAGGAAACACCAUCAGGAGACAUUGGAGCGCAGGGAAGCCUCAGUUAUCCCACCUCCCCCACCUGCCACAUUCAUACGGCCCCCACGGGAGCCAGCUCAGCCCCCCAGGGAGGAAGUACGGAAGUCAUUUGUGGAGAGUGUGGAUGAGAUCCCCUUUGCUGAUGAUGUGGAGGACACAUACGAUGAUAAGACUGAGGACUCAAGUCUGCAAGAAAAAUUCUUCACACCCCCCUCCUGUUGGUCCCGUUCAGAGAAGUCCCUGGCCAAGGAGAAUGGGCAGCUGCCCCCCCUCAAGCGUGACGUGCAGCCACAGAAAAGGAUACUGCCUCUGGUCUCUGCAGAAGCCAAGGAGCUGGCUGAGGAGCGCAUGCGAGCCCGGGAGAAGUCUGUGAAGAGUCAGGCUCUGCGAGAUGCCAUGGCCAAGCAACUGAGCAGGAUGCAGGGCAUGGAGAUGGCAGCCACGGCCUCCAGGUCCCGCACAGGCCCUUCAGUACCUUCCCAGGGCAAGGAACUAGGGCUGGAGUUUCCCAAACGCCCAGGCCUCAGAGGCUCCCAGGAGCCCAACCUGAAGCCUGAAGCCACCAGCGAGGAGGUUGUCUCCCCUCCAUCAGACUCAGGAGGCCCUGAUGGCUCUGUGACAUCAUCUGAGGGCUCCAGUGGGAAGAGCAAAAAGAGGUCAUCCCUCUUCUCCCCCCGUAGAAACAAGAAAGAGAAGAAAUCCAAAGGGGAGGGCAAGCCCCCAGAGAAACCUAGCCUGGGUCUCCCAGAGGAAGUGGCUUCCAAGCCCAAGUCCCUGUGGAAGUCGGUCUUCUCUGGGUACAAGAAGGACAAGAAAAAGAAAAGUGAUGAGAAGUCCUGUUCUAGCACCCCAUCCAGUGGUGCCACAGUGGACUCUGGCCAGCACAGGGCAUCUCCGAUUAUGAGAGCAGAAUUACAGCUCCGGCGCCAGCUGAGUUUCUCAGAAGACUCGGACCUGUCGAGUGACGACAUCCUUGAGAGAUCCUCCCAGAAGUCCAAGCGAGAGUCGAUUUAUAUACCACACGCCUUGGCAUUCAAGAGAGCCUGUUCAUCAAAGCCCAGAACCUACACAGAAGAGGAGCUGAAUGCCAAGCUAACACGGCGUGUGCAGAAGGCAGCACGGAGACAGGCCAAGCAGGAGGAGCUGAAGCGGUUGCACCGAGCCCAGAUUAUCCAGCGUCAACUGGAACAGGUGGAGGAGAAACAGAGGCAGCUGGAGGAGAGGGGUGUCGCAGUGGAGAAGGCUCUGCGAGGAGAAGCAGACUAUUGGGGAGAGUCUUAUUACAGUGACCUCAUCGACUUGCACCUGGGUGGCAUGGGCAAAAAGGAUGACCCCAAACUGAUGCAGGAGUGGUUCAAGCUGGUACAGGAGAAAAACGCCAUGGUGCGCUACGAGUCGGAGCUAAUGAUUUUUGCCCGGGAGCUGGAGCUGGAAGAUCGGCAGAGCCGGCUGCAGCAGGAGCUUCGAGAACGCAUGGCUGUGGAAGAUAACCUGAAGACUGAGGAGGAGCUGUCAGAGGAGAAAAAGAUACUAAACGAGAUGCUGGAUGUGGUGGAGCAGAGAGAUUCCCUGGUGGCUCUGCUGGAAGAGCAACGACUCCGGGAGAAAGAGGAGGACAAGGACCUGGAGGCUGCCAUGCUGUGCAAGGGCUUCAGCCUGGACUGGUCCUGAGCCUGGCUACCCUUGCAAUUGGUAGAUUUGCACCCACCUGACCGGGCUGCGUUCUCCCAAAUCACUGGAUCCAGGAUGCAAAGACGCCUGGAGUCCCUGGGAGGUUGCACACUGACGCAUGUGCUGUGGGGAAACACCAGGUGAGGGUGAUGGUCUGAGGUGACUCCACCUCCUGGGAGAGACCACCUGAACUUCCCACUCGGGAGGGAGGAGAUGGGUGUGUUUGAUGUGUGCCCUGGGGAAAACCCCUGCAGGUCCCUGAGAGCUUGCUGCCUGGCACCCCUUCCUUCCUUCCUUCCACUGGUAAGAGAGGGAAGUGGCUUCUUCUCUUGAGAGCCACCACCACCACAGAGCACCUGCAGAGCAGAAAAGCCAUCGUUUUCAUGCUCCCUGAAGCACCGCCAAAGAAAGAGGCAUCUGCAGAAGUGGGCUGCGGAUAGAGACCCAGGAGGAGGCCAUACCCGUAAUGGUGGUGGAUGCCCACCCUAGCAUCCAGGGAAGCUAAGCAGUAGGCAGGCUCUGAAUCAUUAUGCAAGUUAGGAGGACACAGGAGGGUUCUGUCCCCUGCCCUACAACACACUGGAUUCCCCAGUGGCCAAAUGCCUCAGGCCACUCACUGGUGGUGGCCUGGGGUCCAUGGAUUGCUGCAUUUUGCUUUUAGUUCACAACCAUGUUGACACUGGAAAGUAAUGACUUUGGGAGGGCUCAGGGAGGCCCUACAUGUCAAGCUCCCCUGUUGACAGACAGACGUCAUCCCUGGUCAGCAGCCACAUCAGUACAGGAGACAGACGUCAUCCCUGGUCAGCAGCCACAUCAGUACAGGAGACAGACGUCAUCCCUGGUCAGCAGCCACAUCAGUACAGGAGAUGACCCCCUUGGCGGUUUCCUGUGUUUGCACAUUGAAAUGAAACUGACAACCUGGCCAGACACUCAGCCACUUCGGACCCUUUUUGUCGAUUAACUUAUUUUUUUAAUACUUGAAAAUAAGCAACUUCGUUUUUAUAUCUUUACUAGAGACACUGAUCACCUGUCACCUGCAUGGAGGAGUGACUGAGAGGUCUUUGUAUAUCCCACGCAGCCUGAUGCAAAAUUGACCUGAUACUUGUUACAUGCAUCUAUUUAUUAGCCUUCUUCAUAGUAUUACUGACUUAGGUCGGCACCAGGGAGCCCCUCAAGGCCCUGUGGGCCCUUCUCGAAGCUUUUCUGUCCCUCCUCCACCUAGCACCCUGUUCCUGCUGAUCACUGGACUUAGAGCAGAACUGUCUCUUGGUAGAAUGCAUAUCAGCAUCGUAGGAGGCCAGGAGGCAGACAGGCCGCUCUGGUCUCUCCCUGUUGGGAUCUUGACUCUGUAGAACUCCUCAGUUUUGCUGCCAAGGUUUUACCUCCUCAAAUAGGUUGAGGAUAGGCCCUCUUCAGGGGACUGGGACCAGUUGGGAUGUGACUUUGUCAUCAAGCUGGCAGGUGAGAGUGCCUCUGUCCAGCCAGACAGGAAUGCAUAUGCUGGUCUCUUCCCCAACACACCGGCAACUCCAGUCUUCGCUGCCUGUACUACAAGUUCCUUGCUCAGCAAGGGACACUUAGCACCAUGUAACCAGCUCCAUAGCCAAGCUGUUCAUUUCUCAUGGUUCAGCCAGAAGCCCAGCAGUGGGGGCCAGUGUGCUUCUCUAUCAAAAGAAGCAGCAGAGGGACCAGUCCAUCAGUGCCAGACCAAUCCAGAAGGGGCAUGCCAGCCAGGCCUGGUGGAAGGGGCCCGUGCAGAGAAUAAGCCGUCUCUGGCAGCUUUUCAAGGCUCCUGAAAGCAGCACAGCCAAGGACCCACACUGACUCUGGACUUCCCAUGGGAACCACACUGUGCCUCAACUUGACUUGAACAUUCACCCUAACUCCAGAGGAGCAAACAGCCUGUCUUGGGUCUUCACUCCGUGCAAAAGCUGCCAUCUCUCCUAUGGAAAUCCAGGUGUGCUGCUAGCAACCACUACAGCGCUAAUGUCCUCACUUCUUUGUUUCUGACGUGGCAAUAUCGCUACUUUUAGCCUUUGUCUGAAGGAGAGAGAGGAGGGUGAAGGUGUUCUGGAUUCCAUUUUCAGCCACAGUCUGCCAAUCAGACUGGACUUGGGACAGGAUGUUGAUUGCCCGAGUGGCCUUCUCCCCACCCCUGUCCUCUGAAGUGCCACCGGCAAUCCUGUGCAGCUCAGCCCUGUCACCCCUGCUAACUCAGAACAAGGAAACUCUUUCCAGAGUGACUCAUGAAGGAUGCAGGGGCAGUGCUGUGCUUCAAGUGGCCUCACAGAGCAGAAACACCAGAUGUUCCCUUCCGCCUCUGUCUUGGUCAGCCGUGACAUUGCUGCAUCUUUCCAAAGCACACGAUGCUUCCUGCAGUCACUAGAGAGGUGGCAGAAGACUUUGCAGAAGGACCUCAGAAAUCCACCAGCCUGGGAGACAACCCCCAGCUCUCCACCUGUGACAGUGUGAGGACUUCAGGUUCUCAUAGAGCACUUUUUUAACGCUCCCAAUUUGUAACCACUAGUUUGCUGUUGAUUUUAGUAAUCUGGGGACUUGCUACAUGAAAUGUUUUCCACUUCUGGAAAUGCAUGCAGCUCUAGUCAAAUGCUCUUCCCCCAAAUUAUGUCUUCACUUGAAGGCAGGGAAGAAGGAUAUAUUUACACUUUAUAUACAUAUAAGAUGCUAGAGUUCAUUUAAGUAAGCCCAAAUACAUGGGGAUCCUCUAUAUCCCUUGAGGGCAAGCAGAAGACAGCCUCCUGCUCCCAAUUAGGUAUGAGUCUGGCCAGGAGGUCCAUGUGGGAUUCUAAGUCUUCUCACUUGGCAUCUUUGGGUCUUUGCCCCAAACAGCCAUCCUCAAGCUGAUUUUGACCAGCAACCAUAGACUUCAAAAGAUAAGACAGUUUUCACUGGGACAGGAGAGAAAAAGAGUUGGGGGUGGGGAACAAAUGUCAGGGACUGGGAAUAUAGCUCAAUUUUAGAAUGUGUGCUUAGCAUGCAUGAGGCCCUAGGUUCAAUCCCCAGCACCACACACACACACACACACACACACACACACACACACAUACACACAAGAUUUUUUUGAAAGGUGGUAACAUUGACCUACAAAGGAGAAUGGUCUGUUUUAUGCGCAAUAAAAGUUUUUAAAAGAAAAA